GUUUGGCUUGGAUUAUGUUUCGAAGGCACAGGCCUAGUGAUAUUAGCACCGUUAAGUCUAAGAAAAAGUUCCUAAGUGACAAAGAAAGUACGCACAAAAUAAAGCACCUGAAAAUUUUGAUUGGUAGCCUAUAAAUUUCUUUUAUUUAACCGGUGUAUCUCUCAGAUAAUCUACCUAAUGAUGAAAUUCAACCAUUUUUCGUUGAAAAUUCGUCUCUGAUAUUCCAAGUGUUCAGUGACUGUUUUUUUAGUCUAGAGUGGGAUGUUAAACUAAGGGGUACGUUGUUGUUUGUUAACAUUCCAAGUUUAUAGGAAGUAGUAUUUGCAUUAAAGAGUUAGAAGUAGUCCUUACCGUAUUUGAGGUUGUAUCUCUUUCCGGAUGAUUUUAUUUUUAGAAAGUACUGCUACUAUUGCCGGAACAUAUUCACCAGAGAUGGCAGCACAACUGCAUUAGUAAGUUUCUUUUGGCUUUGGUAACAGUUCAUGUAGUUGAAGUAAUUGAAGACCUUUUGUACGAAAAGAACGCUCUCACUAUCCGUAAAAGGGGGAUAAGAUUGUUUUUAAUCUGGUACCAAAUACUUGGAUUAAAUGCAACAUCUGUCUGCCACAAAAUUUUUAACAACCUUGUGCCUGAAUUUGGCCCACUCAUCUCGGAAUACCAAAAACGUGAAAAAUGUGAUCAGCACAAGCAGAACUAUUUUCAAGGGAAAAAGCUGUCGACAGAUGCGCGUGGACAAAUGUUACAAGAGUCGAAGUUUUCAAACGUUGUUGCUCCCCGUGAACGGGUAGCAGUCCUAACAGCCACUGCUCUAGGAGAGGAUGAAUCGUUGAACGAUACGUCCUUAGUCCUGCUUCAGGCACUGCUACGUUUUCUUGUGUCAGAAUCGUUCAAAGUUGAGUGGUCUCAGCUUCGGUACGAGCAACAUUUAAUGCAGUUAUGGUUCCUGUUCGAAAAGUUGAAGCAUUCGUAUCUCCCUGUUAUUUUUCCAUGUUUAUCUCCUUCAUACUCAAUUUAUGCGCCCUCGAUUUCAUCCCAGACAAACAGCACAGUUCCAUUAACUUCAAAUAUUUUACAGGAUUACCCAAUCCAUCCGUCACGUCUUUCAUACUAUCAGUUGGAGUUCGCCUGUUGGUUGGCAAAUUUUGUAUAUACUGGUCCACGGGAAUCAAGUUAUACAAUCCCUUCAGAUGGUGGCCUCGAUUCAGAUUUUAUCACCCAUGGAUCUGUAGUUGGUUCUACUGGCCCAUCUUUGAACCUGAGUGGCAGUUUCCCAUGGGAUACACAUGGUGAUCCGAACGACUUUCUCCUUUCUCGACAUUUCCGUUCAUUCAUAGGCUGUCCAGGACACGGUGAAUUUGAAUCCGGAUCAUAUUCAAAGACUACUAGUUAUUCCAAACUUUCGACUUCCCCACCCGUCCAGACAUCACUUUAUCUGCGAGACGGUGAUGAAAAGUUCCCCCAGGAACCAACAAGUUUAGUUAACCCAAAUCAACCAAAUAGUUAUUUGCUCAAAGAUACCUCUAUAACUCCUUCCGCCGUCUCAGCAUAUGUACUUCCACAAAAAUUUAUUUUAAGUGAACCAUUCUUCCAUUACAAUGAAAAAGUCAUUUCUAUGGUUCAUGAAGUGUUAUAUGGAUGUCGACAAAACAUUAAUUUGUUACAGGAUAUUUUUCAUCAGUCAUUGCUACUUCCUUUGGAAUGUCAUAAAGCUCUUUACUAUAUUAUUACAGUGUAUGGUUCAUGGUUGGAAAAUAAAUACAAUCGUCCAAUUUUUAUGCAAGCUUUGGAUAGUCCAAUAAAAAGUAUUUAUCCGCCAAUGAAAUCACAAGUCAACACAUCUACAACUGAAAAUAGUCGAACGCUUAAAAUGAAUAACAACAUGAAUGAUUUUAAACAACAGAUUCAGCAAUCAAAAAUUGAAGAUCGAUCUAUUCGUAAAACUAAAUCUGACAGCGACGUUGAUGAUGAUGUUGAUGAUGAUACAAAUCAGGAUGACAUCAAUGAUCCAGAAGAAUUGAAAGGUUGUUUACAAACUACAAUUCAGAUUAUACUGGAAAAUACGGCCAACAUAUUUUAUGCCAGUAGUUUAGAUCUUAAUUCAUCAGGAUUGCAAAAUACAAGUAGAACAAGUACAAAUGGAACAGAUUAUACAAAAUAUCAAAUUGAGUUAUGCCGUUUGGUGUUACAAAUUUUUCGAUUAGCUAGUAACAGUAAUGAGUUAACUUCAGAAACCUGGUCGAAACUAUUGUCCAUCCUUAUGGAUAUAAUGCGCAAAACAAUGGUUAAUACAUCGCCAAAAAACGUUCAAAAUUACAAAUGGUUAUCAGACAAUAAACUUACACAGAAUCUUUUUCAAACUUUGAAUGGUGCUUUAUUACGUGCAUCUCUAUUUUCUACGAUAUCUUCAGAGCCAUGGGAUCAAUGUUUGAAUGUUUAUUCUAAGUUAACUCAUUGGCCAUCACUGAUAAUUGAAUGGAAGAAAGUAAUGCGAAUGUUGACGUGUACAAUGGCUAAAUUGCUGUACGGCGUAGAUUUGUCAGAUUUACCUCAAGAAAAGAAAGGACCACGAAUUAAACGUUUAGCAGAUGUUCAUGAGAAAUGGGCGAAUCUAUCAUCAUAUGAUAAUUUUUUAUCUGUCCACCUUAUUAUUUCGCCUAAUUUAUCAUUCAAUAAUUGUAAUUUGCACAAAUCCAAUGAACCAUCAAUGAAUAAUGAUCAAUAUGAAGAAGAAGUACAAAGUGAUGGCUCUACUAAUUCAACUAAUCGAGCUCGACCGAAAUCAUUGACUGAAGCAGCAUUGAAUUAUAAUAACAAUACUGUUACUACUAAUACUACUACUACUACUAACAUUAAUAAUAGUGGUAGUUUAGCCAAUGUAUUGUUAUCCCCUCCUGUUCCUUAUCCUAGUGCAUUAUCUGUUCUAAGUAUUCAUCAAAAUUCACUUGAUGAUGAUAAUUUAAUGUUACAUACUGAUCCUAUAGAAUUGCAUUUAUCAUCACGAGAGAAUUCACAAACUAAAUUUGCUACUGCUGGUGAUUUGAAAACAUUAAGAAAUCGUAAUCACAGUAGCAAUAGACCACGCAUUGAAAAAUCUACCUUUGAAACACGGCCCUCUGAUCGUUAUACUGUAAUGAAUAGUAGCAGUAAUGGUGAUGUAAUACAUUGCAAUAUCCCUCAUAAUGUAUCUUCAAUGAAUGAUGUUUAUGAUGAGUCGAAUUCACAGGUGUUCAUUGAUGAUUUAACAGAGAUAACUGCUAAUCAUACUAUGCAUAAUUCACAGUCGUUUUCUCAUGAUUUGUUAAAUAAAACUGAAUCAAUGCAAUUUAAUGGAACAGUUGAAAAUAAAACAUCAAUAUCAGAAAGUAGACGUAUGUCAUCUGUGAGACGUGCCACAAGUGAAAUCGCGCUGGAUAUUGUUAAGUUUGAUCUCGAUUCACCUGAGAGUCCAAUGAGAAAUUAUUUCAGUGAAAGUGUUAAUGUACAUAAUUCAAAUAUUCCUAGCUCAUGUGAUAUACUUAAUGAUGAACAUUCCACUUUAAGACCGAAUAACAGAGAUACAUUGACUGCCACUUCUUCACAAGAGGUUCCUAUUACUAAUGAAACUUCAAAAUUACCUUCAAUAAUGUCAAAUAAUCAACUUAAUGCUGUAGAUCUACCUCGUUGUAUACUUGCUGGUGGUUCAGCUCUUGGAUGGACUCAUGAAUCAAUUGUUAUUUGUUGGCGUCGAUUUUUAGGUAUUCUAGGCAAUUUUCAUAAAAUUACCAACCCAACAACAAUAAUUGAUAUAUUCAAUUAUUUAAAUGAAAUGACUUCAUGUCUUUUAAAAAUUAGAGAAUAUCAAAGUCUACCCCGUGUAACUGAGACUUGUGUACAACCAAUUCCACAAUUUGUACCACCUGUGAAUUUUAUUGCUCCAAUUUUAUUCAAUUCAAUGAAUCUUUCUGAAGAUUUUAUAGAAGCUAAGCAAAUUGCUAUACGUACAUUAAGUGAUAUAGUUAUACGUUCUCAUGAUGGAUGUCCUGAUCCAGAGUUGAUUGCUCAUUUCUAUCGUCUUAUUCAUGAAAUAAGUGUUACAAAACAAGAAAAAUAUGUUUUCGAAGUGAUCCGAUCAUGUAAUAUGCAUCUGUUUGUAUCUACACUACCAUCCACACACUUACUCAUAUUGGAUUUCUUAAGCAAUGUCAAUGUUGUCUUAUCAAAUCCUAACCCUGGUACAGAAAUUCCACGUUCUGAAGCAAUUUCUAUUGUCUUAUCCCUACUUUGUUAUCCUUAUCAUUUUAAUCGACUUGAAUCAAUUGAUCCGACGUCAAUGAAAGCUAAAACUAUUUUAUGCAUAGAUUUAAUGUCACAUUUGAUUCACAUUUUAACACAAGCUGUCUUGUCAGAUCCAUCUGGAGAGGUUCGAUGCCUGGCCAUUACUGGUUUAACAAUUUACUGUGUUAUUGAACUAAUGAAUUCAUCUUCAAAGAAAUCAGGAACUGCAUCACCUAUCAGUCCUACACCAAUGACCGACUUGCUUUUCGAUUCAAUUAUUAUUUUAUUGGGAAUGAUGCGGUUUAAAAAUAGAGCCGUAUCUAUCGUUGCGGUUGAAAUGAUAAAAAUGCUUUCUGAAUAUUGUCAUCUCUUGUUAUCUCGCGAUGUAAAAUUGCCUUCCCUAGUGUUAUCGACACUUGCAUGGACUCUAUAUUCUACGUGGGAUAUAACUAAUCUUAACAGCGUGUCAUCAACUGAUAAACAAUUUUUUCUUAGUCUUAUUCAAGCAAUACUUGAAUGGUCCAUGUGUAUACCGUAUGAUGAAUUAAUCAAGAAUUUUGACAAUAAAACAGAAUCAACACUGGUACGAUUAUUUCCAGCUGCUAAUUUAUUAUCUACAAUAAUUGAAGUGUUAUGCUUUAUUAUAUCGAAUGAGACCAAUGCACAGUCAUUAGUUAAUUCAACACAAAACUCCAAUUAUUCUCAAUCUAAAAUUGUAUCAAGUAUGAAUUUCACAGAUCCUUUAUUAGAAUAUAUUGAUAUGUGUAAACAGUCAAUUGAUAUUAAUUUAUUCAAUGCUCCUCAAUCUGAAAUAGACCUAUCUACAAUGAUAGCAAAAUCUUGGAAUGUAGCCAACACUGAGAAUACAAUAAUUCGAUUUCAUUAUAAUGAAGAUAUGAAUCGUGCAAUAGAAUCAGUACGACUUGCUGCACGUAUGGCAGUGAGUCAUUUACUCAAUCAUAUAGACCAGUUUCCAAUGUCAAAACAAGGUGUACAAUUGAAUACAUCCAUACAAGAAAAUCAUGAUCAGUUACCUCAAAAACAAGUCACAACUAACAAUCAUAGUAAUAUGGAUGAGUUAUCAGAAUUAACGGCAGAUAUUUUUGAACAAAAUAAUUUACAAAUAUUUGUGUUGGAUCGUUCAAUUAUUUUAACAUUUAUAUCAUUACCUGUUGUUAAAUUUCCUUUACAAUCGAAAAAUAUCAAUGACACUACGGUACCUGCUACAGUUAGUAAUGAUGAGGACAAUGUUAAUUUAUCAAAUGAAUUACAAAUAAUCGGAUUCAAUAAUUCCUAUCUACCGCUUUCAUAUUUAGAUUCUAAAGAUGUUGAAAUGGGUUCGUCAAAGUCUCGCUUAGUAACAGAUAAAUUCUACACAAGAAUUAUUAUACGUGAUCUUUCUGGUAAAUAUAGCUGGGAUGCUUCUUAUUUAUAUGGCAGUAUAUUUGGAAGUGAAGAUAAUCAGCAAUCGACUACAGACUUACCAGUAGUUGAUUCUGAUGAUUUGAAUUCAAGCUUGCUCACACGUGAUCCACCACCAUGUCCUCCUCCAAGGGUAAAUCCGCCUUCAUUAACAACGAACAGCAUAACAUCAGAUACGAUUGAUAAUUUCGAUCGGUUAAGUGAUGUUUUACGAGAUUUGGCAAAAACUAGUCCAGAAUGCUCUAUUAACUGGUUCACUUCAAAGCCAUAUGAUUAUGAAAAUUCACAAAAUAUCUCUGACAAAGAAGAAAUUGCAUGUCAAAAUAUGGAGAAAGUGACAUGUGAUCAAAUAACUGCUCAAUGUCAAUUAGAUGAAGAUAUAACUCAUCGGAAAUUAUCAAACUUAUUAGAUUUAUCAUCAUUAUAUAAUUCUCAACCAGCUAGUCAUAUAAAUUCACCGAAACGUACAAUUCGUUCAUUAGUCAAUGAUAAAAAAACAAAUUUCCAUGAAUUACAAUCCAAUACUAAUAAUAAACAAACUACUACUCUACAAUUUAAUAAUUCACGUCAUUUAUUAAAUCAAUUAGGUUAUUUAUCAUGGAGACAUAGACCUAUGAUUGAAUUAUUACAAAAAUCUCCAGCUCUUGUACGUGAAUUAAAACAUUUAGAUAAUCUUGGAUCGCGUGAAACUCAUAAAAUAGCAAUAUUCUAUGUUGGAGCAGGACAAGAAGAUAAACAAUGUAUUUUAUCUAAUCAAACAGCUAGUUUAGAAUUUGAAAAUUUUGUAGCUGGUCUUGGUUGGGAAAUUGAUCUACUUACACAUAAAGGAUUUCGUGGUGGACUAGAACGUAGUGGACGUGCUGGUUCAUCUACACCAUAUUAUGUAACAUCUACUAUGGAAGUUAUUUUUCAUGUUUCAACAAGAAUGCCUUCAUCUACUCAAGAAGAUUUAAAAUAUAAACAUUUGGGAAACGAUGAAAUUAUGAUUAUAUGGAAUGAGAAUUCACGUGCUUUUCGACGUAGUAUACUGCGUACACAAUUCGGUGAUGUAUUAAUUAUUAUUUCACCUUUACCUAAUGGAUUGUAUAAAGUUGAAGUACGACGUGAAGCACAGGUUGGUUUAUUUGGACCAAUUGUGGAAAAUGCUCUCUUAACUGCAAAUGUUCUACCAGGUUUAGUUCGUGCUACAGCUAUCAAUGCAAGUCGUGCAGUUCAAGCAUUGAAACCGGGAUAUCGUCAUCCAUAUGAAGAUCGUGCUUCAAGUCUACAACAAAUAGUAACCAAAUACACUUUAUCAACAUGUUUUGAAGAGUACGCCGAAUGGAUACUUUUGCCAAAUUCAAAAACUGGCUCGAUUAUGUCAUUGGAACAAGUGAUUAGUCGCCUGCAUGAUGAAAUAAAACGUUAAACUUCUUCUUCUCCUCAUCCUCCUACUACUACUAUGAUUAAUGUUACUUCUUAUUUUAUCCUUCGUACAAAUUCAAUUUAUACCCCGCAAUCAAUCAGCUAGAAAGUUGAGUCGAAGUGCAACUACUAAAGCAUAUGGUGUGAAAUUCUCUGCUAUUCCUUCUAUUAUACAAGAAAAUCAUCAUAUUUAUUCACAAAAUACACUAACUUCUAAUCUUGUUUUAGACGAUGUCAGUAAAAGUAAUACUUUGAAACAUUCCAAUGAUGUUGUGCAAAUUUCUACUAUUCGACAAAAAGAACACAUCACUUCUGUGCCUUCAUAUCGAUCAAUCACAACAACAACAACCCCAAGUACACAUUCAAGAUCAUCAUCAGCGACUCGUCCUAAAAGUAUGUUUUCACGAUCUUCUCAUGUGGACAAUUUGAAUAGUAAACCUAUUUCUGUAAUUCCUCAACCUUCAUUAAUAAACACUAAAUCUGCAACACUUCAUCAUCAUCAUUAUAAUAAUGAAAAUUCUUAUGUAUACAAAACAAAUACAUCUGCCAAUCCAAUAUCUAGUCCACGAUUACUUCGAGGAUUAAGAUCACGUCGACAUAGUGGCUCCAAUAAAAUCAAUUAGAAAUGAAUAUCUUUUUAGCAUAUAUGUUAUUAUUUAUAUAAAUCUAAUCUAUCUGUAACUCGUUCAUCAUAUCAUCUCAGCGCUUAAGAAGCAAGAAAAUUCCCUUGUUUUUUUUUCUAUUAUUUUUUUAUACUGUUUUCUGAUCAAUAUUGUGUGUGUGUGUGUGCGUGUACCGACUAAAUAAAACAAAUAGUUCUUUUGUCUUUUUUCUCAUCACUUCAAAGAUUGAACAUUGAAUUCACUUCAUUCAUACUAAAUAUAGUUCACAAUGAUGGUUGCUUUCUUUAGUUAGUCUAACUACACUAAUUAUCAACAAUUACAAUAUUUGUAAUAGUGUUGUAUAUAUAUAAUAAUGUUGUUUUCUUUGAAUUU